AUGGCAGCAGUACCCACCAUCGACCUUACACUAGCCGAUUCAGAUAAUGAAGACAUAUUCCAUUCUUUUUCGUCUUCAACAAGUGUGGAUAAGAUAGACAUUAGGAAAGAAAAUGGGAAAUUAAGAAUGGCAGGCUUGGAAGUCGCCCAAUCUAAUGACGAUGCAGCACGUCAAGCAUUCCAUGUUUUCAAGACGAACAUAUCAAAUAAUGAAACCUUCGAUACUAUUCUUUCAAAGAGCAAGACAAUCACAGACAGUACCUUCAACAAUGAAAAAUCUUCCAACGAAGUAAAACAGCAGCAAGUCUUGAAGGAAGAAACGAUGGGAUCUUCCAACGAUGAGAAGAAAACACAAGAGAGCAGCCCAAGCGCAGAGAUGAUAAAACUUUUUUAUGAAAACGAUGAUGUGCCGUUAUCCGAUAGUUUUAAACAAAAAGAGGAAGGUAAAAGAAUAAAUCAGGAUGAGCAAGUGAAGGAAAAUAUCUGUGGCAUUUCUUCCUCAUACGUCUCCAAAGACUACGAUGGCGUUGAAGAUGAUUUCGAGCCUAAUACUUGCCAGGACAGCAAUUUGGAUUUUCAAGAGGAGAAGUUAAACUUGAAUAACAAACCGUCACAGCAACAGUUCAGCGACCCAGAAACAAAAGAUAACAGUUUGAAGAGCGAAAACAAAGACCAAAUAAAAGGAGUCACAACAACAAGUUAUCGUGAUUUACCUAUUGAAUCUAGUGCUUUCCAGGAUUCUGAAACUCAAAAUAACUCCAAAAACACUAUACCUAACAUCGUAAAUGAAAAGCGAACGCCAGCAUUACCGUCCAAUCUAAGCUCUGUUGAGAGUUCCCUUAAAAACGAGACGGCCAAAGUAGAGGGGAAGACGACCGUUCGUCUUCCAGGACUUCAAAAUAAUGUUGCCUUACUUGAGCAAGAACAAAGUGAACUAUUCAAGCACUUUAGUGAACAACCUGUCGAUAUUAGCGAUUUUGGUCGUAAGAUUAAAAGGAAGCAUAGCGGAGAUUUUGCAGAUAACAAGAUACUUAAAAGACCGAUAUUGCCCUCAAAAAAUAUGGACCACACAACACAUAAUUCACAUGAUUCCGAACAGAAAAAUAGCUCGAUUAUUAUUCUUUCAGAUGAGGACGAAUCUGGUGCCGGUAUCAAUGAUAUAGAAAGUCCUUUGAAAGUUUCUGAACCAAAUACAGCUGAUGCGCUUAGGAGCAGUGUACCAGAAGUCAUAUCUUUACUUGACCUACCCAAUAUUGACUUGAAUAACUCAGUAAUAAAAGAAGCAAGUGGCAGCAAUUCAAUUCCUACAUCAGAAACAGACGCACAAUCCUCGAGUUCGUCAGUUCUUCAAGGAACUAUCAUGACAGAACAAGCUACUCAAUCCUCUCAACACGAAUGUAACAGUUCACUUGAUACUCUAAAAAAAAAUCAUCAAAAAUUAUUGAAGGAUUUGAAUUCUAGAGAGUCUGAACUACGUAAUGCUCUCAGUUGCUGCAAGACAAACUCUGAAAUUUUAAGAAGGAAACUAAGUAGAAGAGAAAAGGAGGUCUCUGAUGCUGAAAAACAUUGGCAGUUAUUGUUGACAUCGAUGGCUAGAGGGGGAAGAACUAUCAGCUCAACUCAGCAGAUAUUAGUUGAUGAAGCUGAGAACCAAUUAAACAAACUGAAGGAAAAAAGACAGUUGACAAAAUCGAAGCUAGAUUCAAUCAAUUUGAAAAUGUAUAAUUAUAACGAACAAUGGAAGUCCUUUGUGCAUUCGAAAAAUAUAAACCUGCAGAAAUCUUUGGCUGCCCUUGAGCGGUCAGCCAGGGAUAGUAAAGCUUCUGCGACCGUAAAUAAAAGAAACGAAUGCCUGGCUGAGAAAGAAAAGCUAGACCAAAUGUUAAAAGAAGGAACCCUAAGCUUCAGUACCUACAAGCAGUUAACAGGGGAGAUCCAGCAGAAACUGAAUGACUUGAAACUGGGGGACCAACGCACAACUGAUAUCAAUAGUGUAUUGCCAAUAGUACGGCAACCUCUCGCCAAAAGAGAUUUAUUUAUUAAGUCCAUUGAUACUGCAAAAGAUUUAUUAGCCAAGAACACAUCCAGGACAGAAAUGACGAAGAGAAUUCUUUAUAGACAUUUGGACAACUUGGUCUCUUAUAAAAACUUUUUUGAAGACGGAAGAUCCUUAAUAGAUAUAAACAGAAGACACGUUGCACAUGAAUCGGCCCAAAUAUUGUUCACCAACGGUGUAAAGAUGCCCAUUGUUUUUGAAACAUUACAAGAUUACGGCAUCAAGUUUUCUAAUCCAGCCAUUGUCAAUCCUGACAGAAGAGCCCAAUAUUUUAAAAGCAUCGAAGUUGCACGCGAUCUCAUAUCAAAGUCUACUAGAUCAGAGGAUGCUAAACGAAAGAUUACUCGAUUUUUGAAUAUAAUUGAAGAAUUUCGUAAAGAUAUUGACACCGGAUUUCCACCUACUCCUUUAAAAAGGGAAGGCGUCGGAAAAGCUGUUGUUGGGCUAAGACAACAAGGACUUAAGAUGGACAGACUAUAUGAAAAUUUGAGAAGAUAUAAGAUUCCAAUAACAAGUGAAGAAUUACUGCAGCAAAGCUAUUUAUUUCCGGUAAACGCAGAUCAACGACCUCCUUCAAACUGGAACAUCGUGGAAAAUACCGAAGAUACUAGUUCUACAGCCAAUGAUCUAUCGAUGCAAGAUGAAUUUCACAUCUCUAAUAUGCAUGCAGCAGAAGAUCAAGAACAGAUUAGGGCUCUUUUAGAGAAUGUCAAACAAUCUGAAUCCAUUAUAGACGGCGAAGCACUUACUCCCGAGGAUAUGACCGUAAACUUAUUAAAACACCAGAGGCUGGGUCUGCAUUGGUUGUUACAAGUUGAAAACUCCGCAAAAAAAGGGGGUCUGCUUGCUGACGAUAUGGGCCUGGGUAAAACGAUUCAAGCUAUUGCAUUGAUGUUAGCAAAUCGCUCAGAGGAAUCCAAAUGUAAAACCAAUUUGAUCGUCGCACCAGUCUCAGUCUUGAGAGUUUGGAAAGGUGAAUUAGAAACGAAAGUAAAAAAACGCGCAAAAUUUACUACAUUUAUUUUUGGAGGAUCAGGUAACGGAAAAGUUAAGCACUGGAGGGAUUUGGCAAGAUAUGAUGCUGUUUUGGUAUCUUAUCAAACUCUAGCAAACGAAUUUAAGAAACAUUGGCCGAAAAAACUGGAUGGUGAACAAAAUCAGCUACCAGCUGUGCCUCAUAUACAAGCUCUUAAUAGGUUGAAAACCUCAAAUGAAUACUACUCUCCAUUUUUCUGCAAUGAUUCAACGUUUUACAGAAUUUUACUGGACGAAGGCCAAAACAUCAAGAACAAAAAUACAAGGGCUUCUAAAGCGUGCUGUACUAUAAAUGGAAUGUAUAGGUGGGUCUUGUCUGGUACGCCGAUUCAAAAUAGUAUGGAUGAGCUUUAUUCCUUGAUAAGAUUUCUAAGAAUUCCACCCUACCACAAGGAGCAACGGUUUAAAUUAGACAUUGGAAGGUUUUUUCAGAGAAAUAAGCAAUAUCAAUAUGAUAACGAGGAUAGAAAAAACGCAUUAAGAAAGGUUAGAGUCCUUCUAAAUGCCAUUAUGCUUCGUCGGUCUAAGGCUGAUAAGAUCGACGGCAAACCUUUACUGGAGCUCCCUCCUAAAAUUGUGGAAGUAGAUGAAUCACGCCUGAAGGGAGAGGAAUUAAAAUUUUACACAGCUUUGGAAUCAAAAAAUCAAGCACUCGCUAAGAAAUUGUUGAACAAUUCUACGAGGGGGAGCUACUCUAGCGUUCUCACAUUACUACUUCGCUUAAGGCAGGCUUGUUGUCAUUCAGAAUUAGUUGUGAUGGGAGAAAAAAAAGCGGAAGGUACAAAGGUAGCUAACGGCAAAAGCUUUGAAGAUGACUGGCUCAGGCUCUACUAUAAAAUCACUCACAUGAGCGGAGAAGCGCAGGCUCAGGUUAUUACUUCAAUGAAUUCUAUGACAUGUUUCUGGUGCAUGGAACAAUUAGAACCAGAAGCGAUGUCCGUUCUGACAGGUUGUGGUCAUUUGAUUUGCGACACUUGUAUCGAGCCCUUCAUCGAAGAGUCAUCCAUGCUACCUCAGGCCAAGAAAACCAAAGGUGGGGCAUUUGCUAUCCCAUGCAAAGAUUGUCAACGUUUGACAAACGAGAAAGAUAUUGUUUCGCACAAGUUAUACGACCAGGUAAUAAACCAGGGAUUUACUGAGGAAGAUUUGCAUGCAGAGUAUUUAAGUGAAAUGGAGAAACAAAAAAUACAGCAAAAAAAUGUAUAUGUGCCAAAUUUUGAGAGUUUAGAACCAUCUACGAAGAUAGAGCAAUGUAUACAGGUUAUUCAAAGAGUUUUUGAUGAAUCAGCAACCGAAAAAAUUAUUAUUUUUUCCCAGUUUACAACAUUUUUUGAGAUUCUCGAACAUUUUCUCAAAAAUAAACUGAAUUUUCCCUACUUGAAAUAUAUUGGAUCAAUGAACGCUCAGAGAAGAUCAGAUGUUAUCAACGAAUUUUAUCGUGACCCUGAGAAAAGGAUACUUCUGAUUUCCAUGAAAGCCGGUAACUCAGGACUAACAUUGACAUGUGCGAACCAUGUAGUUAUAGUUGAUCCAUUUUGGAAUCCUUACGUCGAAGAACAAGCUCAAGACCGUUGCUAUAGAAUUAGUCAAACAAAAAAAGUCCAGGUGCAUAAAUUGUUUAUAAAGGACUCUGUUGAGGAUCGUAUUUCUGAAUUACAGAAGAGAAAGAAGGAAAUGGUCGAUUCUGCCAUGGACCCAGGCAAGAUAAAGGAAGUGAAUAGUUUAGGGCGUCGGGAGUUAGGAUUUUUAUUUGGUUUAAACGCUCUUUGA